AUGCCAGAAAUAUCGGGUAACGCCGGCUACAAACCACUGCAGGGCAAGCUUGCCAUUGUCACUGGAGCUUCAAGAGGUAUUGGAGCUGCUAUCGCUACAAAACUCGCCUCCUACGGCGCAACUUUAGUUCUAAACUACACCUCCCCUUCCUCCGCCCAAAAGACACAAGACCUAGCCGACACCCUUUCAGCAACCUACGGUACCUCCUCUAUCAUCGUCAAAGCAGAUUUAGGCGACACCAGCGUCGGCGAGGACAUAAUCACCGCCAUCAAAACCUCCCCCCUCUAUUCCACCAGCACACGACCCUUAAAAGUCGAUAUAAUCAUAAACAACGCCGGUAUCUCCAAAAACACAAAGACCGUAGAUGUCACACCCGCGGUCUUUGACGAACACUAUAGAAUCAAUGUUUUAGGUCCUUUAUUACUUGUUCAGGCUGCGAUACCGUAUCUUCCUUAUGAUGGGUCCGGUAGGAUUGUUUCGCUUUCGAGUGUUUCUGCGACUUUGGGAUUGCCGGGACAAGCUAUUUAUGGAGGUACUAAAGCUGCUUUGGAGGCUAUGACAAGAACGUGGGCGAGGGAGUUGGCGGAGAGGUGUACGGCUACUUGUGUUAAUCCGGGUCCUGUGGUGACGGAUAUGUAUGGUGGGACUAGUGAGGAGUUUAAGGAGGUUAUGAGGCCUUUUAUUGAGCAUGCACCAUUGAUGAAUUCCGGUGGUGCAAAGGGCCGUGGAGCAACAUCCGAAGAAAUCGCAGGGUGUGUGGGUAUGCUUUGUCUGCCUGAUAGUUAUUGGUGUACUGGGAGUGUAGUUUCUUGUAAUGGAGGGAUGUUAAUGGGGAUCUAA